AUGCCAAAGGAAAACAUGGACACUAAGUCAUCGAUAGCGGACCACUCUUCUAUUGAAGCUAAUCUUGGUGAAAGGGAAAUAAAAACAAAAAAUGAGAGGAUGAUGCGGCAAACGAAACUUUUAAAAGACACCUUAGACUUGCUAUGGAAUAAAACUCUGGAACAACAAGAGGUAUGUGAGCAGUUAAAGCAACAAAAUGAUUAUUUAGAAGAUUACAUUGGCAACUUGAUGAAAUCCAGUAAUGUAUUAGAAAAAUAA